CAAUAGAGCCGUUGGGAAAUAUGUGCUUUUGCUGGAUUUCUGUUGAGAAAUUUCUGUACUUUAUUUUAAAUAUCAAUACACGGAAUGUAAAUUUAUAUUCUCUGAUCAAUAUAAAUUAAAGAUAUGAAAAAUAUUAAAAAAUUUAAAUAUCAAAUCGAAAAUAAUGCACAUCUUAUAUUUUAUUAAAUCGUGAUAUCGAAAUUACUAUACAUUUUUAACUCUGAAGUCUUUAGCUCCAAAAUGAUACUGAACCGACAAUAUUUUUGUUUACCAAUGAAUGUGUGUAUGUAGUAAAGUGCGGAUUGUAUAUGUACCUUUUAGAGAUAAACAAAUUAUUAAAUGGGAGAGCCACAAUGGGGAGCACCAAAAUAAUAUUGAACUGUCGAACGUAUGUAUUGUUUUUAUCAGCAAUUAUUUCAUCAAAAAUCGAUCGUGCAGCUCUUCGUGGCAGCACGUAUUAUAAAAAAUACUCAACCAUAAAUAUUUGGACAAAUGACUCAUGACGCAUUGAGGCCAUGCUGCGGUGAGUGUAACAUUUGCCUUAAAAAGAACCAUACGCAUUCCAUCAGCGGCAGUAGCAAAAGUAGGAAGUGUACUUCGUGAAACGUAUUAAAUUGUUCUUUAUACUUGAUAUCUCUGCUAAAUAAGUGUACAGAAAGUGCUAUAAUGUUCGAUUUCAAUCUACAAUUUGCCCGUGGUGGAGCAACUGUUACCACGGAGCUCUUCGAAUUACUCUCAGCCGGUGGUGUAAAGCAAAACAUUGUCUUCUCUCCAUUUUCAAUUCAGACCUGUGCUGCAUUGGCAUUUGCCGGUGCCAGUGGAGAAACCGCUGAUCAAAUCGCUGAAGGUUUGAAAUUUGUGUCGAAUUUGCAUCCGGAAGUAGCUUCAACUUUCGCAUUUGUUUUUGACAAAUACAAGGAUAGUGAAUUGUUGAAAAUUGCCAACAAAGUGUACGUUCAACAGGGACAUGACUUGAAACCAGACUACCAAACAGACUUAAAAGAAAGUUAUAAUGCUGAAACUGAGAAUGUCAACUUUGAGGAAAGCGAAAAUGCUGCUUCCGUUAUAAAUUCUUGGGUUGAAGAUAAAACGGCUGGAAAAAUAAAAGAUCUCGUGCACGCAUCGGCUUUCAGUGCAUUAACCCGCCUGGUUUUAUUGAAUGCACUGCAUUUCAAAGGUUUAUGGGCGCAUAAAUUUGAUGAGGAACAAACCGCUGAAGAUGAUUUUUGGAUCUCCGAAGAGGAAUCAGUUAAAGUGCAAUACAUGAAUCAAAAAGCGAAAUUUGGCUAUGGUUACUUUGAAGAGUUGGACUGCCAGGCUCUUGAACUGCCUUACAAAGAUUCCGAUCUAUCAAUGCUAGUACUGUUGCCUAAUGAACGAGAAGGCCUCAAAACUCUUGCCGAGAAACUGAAAUCAGUAAAUUUGGUCGAUUUAGCUGGCGAUCUAGGUGCCGAUGAGGACGUUGUGGUUCAAUUUCCAAAGUUUAAGGUGGAAUUCGAAGUAGAAUUGACGGAAACAUUGAAGAAGCUGGGUAUAAGCAAAAUCUUCAGCGAGGAUGCUGAGUUUAGCAACAUGUUGGAAUCAUCCGAGAAUCUGCAAGUAUCCAAUGUUUUCCAUAAGGCUGUUAUUGAGGUGAACGAAGAGGGCACCGAAGCAGCGGCCGCAACUGCAAUGAUAAUGAUGACUCGUUGCAUUCUCAUGCCACUGCAGUUUGUUGCUGAUCGCCCGUUCUUCUAUGCUAUUUGGAAUAAGAGAAAUAUUCUAUUUGCUGGUGCAUUUGUCAAUGCGCCUUAAAAGGCCGCUGAGUUAGCGUCGAAAUAAGACGUCACGUUCAAACAUUCUUUGCGAACCAUGAAGUAUUUGAAUUCAACUAAAGCUUAUUAAUAUUUUUGUAAUGUUUUUAAUAUGAAAUUUUUUAAAAUACAUACAUACAUAUGUAAUCCAAUAAUAAAAAUGUCUCUAUACUGCAAUUUUCACAACAAAAAACAAAACG